AGGAAGGAGUGUUUCUGAAAGGGUGUGUUGUUGUAGCUGCUGCUUCCUCCUGUUACACUGUUUGACACAACAUUCGGGGGAAACAGUUUCAGAAGUUGAAAGCAAGAGAAUCAAACCAGGUUGUUCAGGUUUGUACUUUGAGAUGGAGAACAAAAGCGGUGUGAGUGACUUCCAGCAGCUGCAGGAAAGAUGGUCCACACAGAUACAACGUCUCUAUGUUGACUCCCAGCCACUGAUAUCACAGGCGAUGAAUUCAAGAUGUGGACAGUACCUCAGCAGCCAUCCUUUCUUAGCUCUUGCAGUGAUGCUGUUCAGUGCCAUGGCUGCACUGCCUGUGGGUCUGUUCCUGAUUUUUGCACUUGUCACCGUUAUUACGUCGACAGUAGGUUUUGUUUUCUUCGAAGUGUUCGUGUUGUUUGCUGGAAUGCUGACUUUACUGUGCGUGCUCUCGGGCCUCGCAAUCGUCUCCGUCAUUGUGUCAUUCAUCUUAAUGGCUUUUUAUACCACCAUCUCCAACAUCCUCAUGUAUUAUUCAGAGCUGGCAAAGCAAGUCCAGGAGAAGGAGAAGGACCAGGAGAAGGAGAAGGACCAGGAGAAGGACCAGGACCAGAAGAAGGAGAAGGACCAGGAGAAGGAUAAGUGAGGGAAAUGCUGUAGCAGCUCUCUUCCACUUCUCUCUCAAGUUUCACGUUCAAACACAUAGGAGCCUUGAAUCAGCACCACUGAGUUAAGGUGGUCGGGAUUCAAAUGGUACAAUGCUGUUGUAAUCGAUUUUCAGAGCUUAGUAAACCGGAUAUGUAAAUUAGUAAUACUGUUACUACAUCGAAACUGAGCAGUAGCUACGUUUAAUUAAUACAUGUCAUUGUAACUGCUGGCUAUGAUAAAGAAAAAAUCAUGUUUGACUGUUUUUUGGGGGGGCCAGGAAGUGUGCAAAGUCUGAAUUUCCCUUUCAACUGCCAGCAAAUUGUAUCACAGAUUACAUAUUUGUAUUAUCAUAUACAUAUGUAUAUAUAUAUAUUUAUAUGACCUAUUUAUGCUGUUUUAUACUAUAUGUGUGUGAAUAUAUAGUAUCUCCUUUCUAUUUAAGAGAAUAAUGUGUAAGAUAUGUAAGCACAUCUGUUACGGAGUAUGAUUUUCAGCCCAAGGAUGGCUUUGUAUGUGAUGUUCACACACGUUAGCCUUUUAAAAUACACUACAACACAAUGUUACAAGUCUGUUUGGUGCCACCUGCACAAUGUUUUGCAUCUGCAAUGCAAUCUUCAAUAAAAGCCCAUGAGAAGGAA